AUGCAGAACCAGUCGAAUAUGAUCUCGUCGUCGAGUGGUUCCCACCGUCGAGUGGCCUCCAACUCGUCGACGUCUUCGGGCAACUGUCAGACCACUAAUAAGGAGCUCUUAAAGCCGUUAUCUCUGGCGGAAUGCGUGGCCGACGGCUGUCCACCGCCAACGCUGGCCCUCAACGACAAAGUGGUCUGGAUAUCAGACAUGGGGCCGGAGUUUGGUUGCGUGAAAUGGUUGGGCAAACUGCCGGACGUGGGCACCGACUGGAUGGCGGGCGUGGACUUCGUGAACGCCGUCGGCUCGGGAACCGGUCUUUACAACGAUCACCAGCUCUUCGAGACCCGUCUCAAUCACGCGUCACUCGUGCCCGUCAUUGGGCUUAUGAAAGCGCACGACUACUUGGGCGCCUCCAAUGCCUCCAACCCUCCCAUCCCAUCGCACGGACACCACUUCGCCCACAACACACCCGUCCCUCAGAAGCCGAGGCGAACGAAGGCUAAUAAGAAGGAGUCCGACCUCAAGGGCGACGAUAAGAGGGUUUCCAUGCCAUCCGGCCAUAAGUCGAUGGCAUCCGAAGUGAAUCCAAUUGAAUCUCAUUCGGUAGCCAUCGUUGAUAUGAAUAAGUCGUCUCAUAAUAGCAGUAAUCAUAUAAAUACUAACCACUCAUCCAAAGCGAAACCAAUAAACUCAUCGAUCGUGUCGAUCACCAACACAUCCAACUCAUUGAACACACACUCGACGUCUGAAUCGCCGUUAAACUCAAGUCUUUCAUCGCAUUUAACUGAAAAGCAACCGAAGGUUUCGGACAAAGAAGCGUUCAAUUCGUGGAACAACUGUUUGUCAGAGGAUGUGAGGGAUGGACUCACUCAUGUGAAUGGGUUGAGUGGACACGACUUCGAGAUCGGAUCAGUUGUUGAGCUGAACAUCGAUGGUAUCUCGAGGUAUGGUGUCGUCCAAUGGAUCGGACCAUUGGCUGUGCCUUCAGACGAAAACCACGAACCGAGCGAUUGUCUGAUGGCUGGCAUCGAACUGGAGGAGGAGGUGAACGGCCUAUCGGACGGCACGUACAACGGGAAGCGAUACUUCGAUUGCGCCCCAAGAAAGGGGUAUUUCGUGAAACUAAGUCAUUGUCUGAAAGACAGUCGCUUUGCAUCGAUGUCUGAGCGCAGGAGAAGUGCUUUAUUCGGGAGUAUAGACUGUCCGACAGUGACGGGUGAUGUGCCGCCGCUCAGCACCAGCGAUGACCUGCAGGCCCUGUGCGGCAAAAACCGGGGCAUUCAGGGCCACCACAACUCGUGCUAUUUGGACGCCACCCUCUUCUCGAUGUUCUCGUGCACCACAAUCUUCGAGUCACUGCUGCACCGCCCGCCCCGUCCCACAGACAUCCCGGAGUACAAAGAGGUGCAGCGAGUCCUCAAAGAGGAGAUCGUUAACCCUCUUCGCGCUAACCUUUACGUGAGGGCCGACCGAGUGAUGCAUUUGCGGACACUUCUCGAGAAAAUCAGUUCAGUUCGCGGACUGACGAGCGAGGAGAAGGAUCCCGAAGAGUUUCUCAACCUUUUACUCAAUGAGAUUUUGAAGGCUGAGCCCUAUCUGAAGCUCAGCUCUGGUUUGGAGUCGUUUUUCUAUCAGUUGUUCGUCGAGAAGGACGAGAAGCUGACACUUCCGUCAGUCCAGCAGCUGUUCGACCAGUCAUUCCUGGCGUCGGACAUAAAACUGCGAGAAGUGCCGCCCUGUCUGCUCAUCCAAAUGCCGAGGUUUGGACGACAGUUCAAAAUGUAUCCGCGAAUCGUUCCGAGUCUUUAUCUCGACAUCACCGACGUCUUGGACAACAGUCCGCGUCAGUGCGCGAUAUGCGGCCAAUGCGCUGAAUACGAGUGCAAAGAAUGCUUCGGUCUCUUCGGCGAGGGUCUCGACAGUACAGCCUUUUGCGGCAAAUGUAUCGAUAAAAACCAUUCGCAUAAGAAACGCUCCAAACAUAAGACAACCAAACUGUCGAUUCCGGCCGAGUUUCAUAUGUUGAGAGAGCACUCGCAGGUGCCCAGGAUUUACAUGGAGUUGUUCGCCGUCUUAUGCAUCGAAACGAGCCAUUACGUAUCGUUUGUGAAGUGUGGGUCAGGCCCUGACAGCCCCUGGUGUUUCUUUGAUAGUAUGGCUGAUCGUAAAGGUGAACAAAACGGUUAUAAUAUCCCAGAAGUGGUGUCGUUCCCCGACUUGAGGUGGUGGCUCAGCGAAGAAGGAACUGCUUUCCUAUUGAAUACAAAGGACGACAAAAUGUUACCCGAAAUGCCGAGACGCCUGUUCUCUGACGCCUACAUCUGUUGGUACGCGUCGGAUGUGUUGAGAUACAGAUGAGAGGGAAAGGCAUGAUUGUGUAGAUCGCAAGCCUUUGCCUGCAAUUAAUUGCUUUAUUAAUAGCAUUAUAGACUCGUUUUGAUGCUCUUUUGUCACGCAAUCAAACACUUUAGAAAUUACUUCAAAACUUAUCGAAAACUAGUUUAUAGUUAUAUUCAAUGAAUUCAAGGAAUAAACAGAUUUUAUCGGUUUUUGGGC